AAAAAAUGAGGUGUAUUUAUGAGAUGAAAAGUGAAGAUGAAUUGUGUAAAUGUUUUAAAAAAAUAGAAGUGACAAAAAUUUCCUGACAGUUUAAAAAUGAUAUUUUAAAUUCCUUUCUUAUUGCUUGUGAGUUUGUUUUUCUGGCAACGCAGCAUGUCCUUUCUGUAAGCGCCGCAAUCAUGGCGAGAGGACCGAAGAAGCACUUGAAGCGUCUCAAUGCCCCCAAGGCAUGGAUGCUGGGGAAGCUCGGGGGCCCGUUCGCCCCGCGCCCGAGCUGUGGCCCCCACAAGCUGCGGGAGUCGCUCCCGCUGCUCAUUUUCCUGAGAAACCGUCUCAAGUACGCCCUGAACGGCACAGAGGUGAAGAAGAUCCUGAUGCAGCGAUUUGUCAAGGUUGACGGCAAGGUCCGCACUGACGCGACCUUCCCCGCCGGAUUCAUGGACGUGAUCACCAUUGAGAAGACGGGCGAGAACUUCCGUCUCAUCUACGACGUGAAGGGACGGUUCACCGUGCACCGCAUCACCAAGGAGGAGGCAUCGUACAAGCUGUGCCGCGUCAAGGAGCUGCGCGUCGGCCCCAAGGGCAUCCCCAACCUGCUGACCCACGACGGUCGCACGAUCCGCUACCCGGACCCGCAGAUCAAGGUCAGCGACACCAUCCAGCUCGACCUGGCCACCGCCAAGAUCAAGGACUAUCUCAAAUUCGACACCGGUAACCUGUGCAUGAUCACCGGCGGCCGUAACUUGGGUCGUGUCGGCACCAUCAUCCACCGGGAGCGUCACCCUGGCUCGUUCGACAUCGUGCACGUCAAGGACACGGCCGGACACAAGUUCGCCACCAGGCUGCACAACGUGUUCGUCAUCGGCAAGGGCACGCGCGCCUACGUGUCGCUGCCCAAGGGCAAGGGUGUCAAGUUGUCGAUCGCCGAGGAGCGCGACCGGCGGCUGGCGCAGAAGAGCUAGACGGCCAUCACGCAGGGCGGCAGAGCGCUAUUUCACAUCGCCCAAUACACGACCAGACAGAACGUGA